GGCCGUGCGCAGAUGUCUGUCAACAAAUGGCUCGCGGGCCCAGCUUGUCCGAUUAUUUUGAUUUGAGAAACUGUAGCAGGCCUGUGUUAAAUAUUAGAGCCCGCAAACUUAACACGUAAAAACGGAAAAUAUUACAAGUGACAACAGCCCCCUCUAUAAAAACACCACGUUUCAUAUUCGGAAAUAUACAUAAUUCAAAUCAAGCAGUUCUUCCAAACGAAGAAUUCGUUUUUGUUGCGGUUAGUUGCGUAAACCAGGCCGAAGCAGGGGGCUGGAUUUCUUAGCAAAGCUGGGAGAAAACACCUUGUGCGGUUUGGACGGCUGCUCGGGCAGCGCCUAAUCAAUUUCAGUUUGAGGUUACCUGCAUGCCAGCCCUGAGGAAAUCCCUACCCUGUGUGAAAAUGAGAUCGGUGGACGUCUGUGGCGGCUCUGAGAUCUGAAGGAGGCAGCCUCCUUGAGCAGCCUGAGGACACCAUGCUCCCGUGGAACCAAUGAUGGACCCGGACACCUUCUCCCACAUCCAGCUGUGGUGCCCCCGGCCUUUCGGGACCUACUCCCAAAACAAGCCAAGCAACGGGGCUGGCAGUGGAGUUGGUGGCUCCCUGCUGAAAACAGCCAGCGACCUUGUAUGCCGGGGGCCGCAAGGGGAGGAGAGGGAUGAGGAGCCCACAUUGGAGAACACUCCCCCAGUCACUCCCCCCUCCCUCUCUUCCAAUGGGAACCAGGUAGAGGAUGGCCGUGUGCUGCUGGACACCUGGUACGUCAUCAAGCCUGGGAACACCAAAGAAAAGAUUGCUUUUUUUGUGGCCCACCAGUGCAACGGGCUGGGCUUGACCCGACCCAACACCAUGAAGGUCAAAGGGAACUGGAGCACCGACUGCUCCAAAGCGAAGCGCCGCCGCUGCUCCUCCUACGACCCCAGCAAGUCCAGAGCCAACAGCUCUGAGCUGGAGAAGGAGCCCGGGGAGAGUCUGGAUGAGGGAGACUGUCUGGAGACGGAGCUCAGCGAGACAGAACUGCUGUCUGUGGCAGAGAUGGUGGCCCUGGUGGAACGGCGUACAGCCAUGGCCUUGCAGGAGGUCAUUGGACAGAUGCCUUCUCAGAGUCUGAACGCAGUUAGGAGCCUCUCCAGCACCACCACCAGUACCCAGGGCUCAGAGGUGUUCCUCUCAGAAGGGGAGACACCUGCUCCAGAUGCUGAUCCCCCUUCCUCCCUCCAACUUCCCCCAGCAGAGAGAGAGCCACCUGAUUCCAGGCGGGUAGCAGAGGCCAUUGCCCACUUUGAGUCUCAGCAACAGCAGCUAGAGAGUGCCCUCCUGAGACGCAAUGGGGUAUCACAGGAGAAGACUGGAGAUGGAACGGGGGCGAGCGGGGGGACAGGAGGAAAUGGCAGUGGUGGAGGAGGGGGAGGAAGGGAGGUUAGGAUCGCCUUCCGUGUCUCCAGCAUGGACCCUUGCUAUCAGGCUGAAACAGGAAGCUCUGGCCGUCCCAACUGUAUGUUUUUGAGCUGUGGCGGGGGAAGCCCGACCGGAGGUGCCAGGGCCAAAGAGAAGAUCACCUGUGACCUUUACCAGCUGGUGAGCCCGUCCUCUCGUGACCCCCUGCCUCCCAGCAACAUGGAGAUCCUGCUGGCCGCCGCCGCCUCCCCCAAGGGGACUGGGGAAUCCAGAGGAGAGGGACUUCAAGAGCACCAGAUCCCACCCACGAGUUCAGACUCUACCCCCGAAAGCGAGGCUGGGGAGAAGGGUGGCGAGAGAUUGCGGGAGUGUGUGUCCGGUUUUCACGUAGAAGUGGUGGUGACUGGCGCAGUGGACCAGUGCGUCUUCUACGGGAAAGACAGCACUGAGAACGUGAAGGAGGAGACUGUCCGUUUCACAGUAGGAUCCCCGGCCCCAGAUUCUUUGCCCUGUCCAGGGUGCGAGGAAAACCCUCCCCCUCCAGGACAGCUCUUCUUUUACCACACCCAAACUGCACUGCCUGAUGAAGACAGCAAACAGCUGGAGGUCCAGAACUCCCUUGACUGCACUAACAAUAACCGCAGCAGUGCCGGCGGUGAGCGGUUGGACUCCAGUGAUUCACCCACGGGUCAGGAUCCGGAUUCCUCAGACACUUCCCUGUGCCGGCUCUACCGCCACAUCUCCCACGACUUCUUGGAGAUCCGCUUCAAGAUCCAGCGGCUGCUGGAGCCCCGGCAGUACAUGCUUCUCAUGCCCGACCACAUCAUGGUGAACGUCUUCAGCUAUCUCCCCACGCGUUCACUUGCUGCCCUCAAGUGCACCUGCCACUACUUUAAGGCCCUUAUAGAGACCUAUGGCAUUCGUGCCACCGACUCGCUCUGGAACAAAGACCCACUGUACCGAGACGACCCCUGCAAGCAGUGCAAGAAACACAAUGAGAAGGGGGACGUGUCGCUGUGCCGCUGGCACCCCAAACCUUACCACCACGACCUGCCUUACGGACGCUCCUACUGGAUGUGCUGCCGGCGCACCGACAAGGACGCGCCAGGCUGUCGCGUCGGCCUCCACGACAACAACUGGGUGCAGCCCUGCGAACUGGUGCAGAACCGUGCUAAGAGGGAGGAUGGGAGGUGAAAUUUGAAUGGCCCCAGUGGAGGAAUUUGAGACUAUUUUCAAGGAAGGGAGUUUGGAGGGUGGCUACGUGCUUGCUGAAAGAGUCCAGUUUAACAACACUUUGUAAUCUGUUUGGUUUGUGAGUGCUGCAAGCGUGUGUGUGUGGUUUUGUUUUUCGUUCUCGUUUCUCUUUUCUCUUUCUAAGCCUACACUCCAUGGUUUUUUCAAAAUCCUACUCAAACAAGAGAGGUGCCACCUGACUACAAGAUUUCCUCCCUCCGUUCCGUCCUCCUUUUGCCUCCCAGUAAAACACCUCCUAAGAUAUAGAUCCUGCAAGUAGGCAUAGCCAAAAUAUUCAAAAUUGAUGUUUUACAAAACCAGGACUAUCGCUAUCCUGUUUUUAACACCUCUUCUUAAGUUGUAAAAUUUCCAUUUGAAUCCCAGAUAAUUCAGAACAGGCUUCUGUUGUAAUAAAAUACACAAAUGCAACAGUACAAGCAGGCUCUUGCAUAUUAGCUAAGUGUCAAACUAAAAUGAGCUCCUUCUGUCGUGAUCAUAAAUAAAUGUUUAGCCUUGUUUUCAGUUACUCUUGCCAUCCAUGGUGCUGUCUUGCUAAAACAUGUGAUUGAACUGGGAUAAUAAAUAAAUUUACUGUGAAAAUAAAGUGUAAGGUUUAGUUUAUGGUUAUCCAACACUUGUGUGGUAACUAUGAACGAACUGGCACCUAAAGUACUGUAUUUUCCCACUGCAGAGUGUAAGGUGGUACGUUGGGUAAACAGACAGAUUUUCCUUGAAUGCACUAACAAUAACAUUUGAUGGAAAGUGAGUGGAUGGGUUCCAUACCUACGCCUUCAUGCAAGAUCUAUAGCGUUUAAUCCAGCAAUGCCAAUUCUGACUGCAAUUCCUUAGCAUAAUAACAGUGUUCAAUAAGAAAAUGAAUAUUGCUGUUUCUGGAGUGAGGAGCCAUGGACAUAACUAAUCUUACAGGGAACCACCGGAUGCUGCAUAAUGUGACAUUUUUUGUCCUGUGUUUAAAUAAUAACAAAUAUUAAUAAAGAUUAACUGUAAUACAGCUCUUUGGGAUCUGCAAAGUCUGUUUUGUAUGUGAAGUAUCAGAUAUCAAACACCACAGCUGUCCUCUGUUCAUGCAUCAAUAGGCAUUGCUGGUUUGAACAGCGUCGUGGCUGUAUUGUUGCAGGAGAUAAGGAUGCUUUUUCUGUUCACUAAACUACAGUGGGAUAUUAAACAUAGCUUGUUGUGUUCCGAAUCCAUCUCUACAUGUCUCUAUACCGAUUGCACAGAUCCUCACUCUGCUUCAGGUCCAGUCUUUGUUGAGAGUUAACAGUUCUGCAGUUUAGGCUUCACCAAAUCUGACUCCAAUGGGUCAGUCCAGCUCAGCUUAUUGUUCCAAUCAGAUUGUUACUUAAAUCAUGUAUACUUUUAAAUAAAACAUAUUUAUGUGCACUGUAAUAUAAAUCAUUUUGAAAUGUUUUGGGUCAGACUGGAAUAAAAACUUAGCCUGGAACUGAUUACUGGGGCAGAUUUAGUCAUCCCACUGCAAAUAACACUUGCUGCUUAAUUUGGCAUUUCCUCUUACCCAGUGUUAAUGGGAAUAUAAUUAUUAGGUCAUCACAAAACUAUUUAAACCAAGAAUGAGCUCAUAAAUGCCAACAAGUCCGUGACGUUCUAAUUUCAAUCAUUAACAGGAACAGACAGUGAAAAUGUAUGUUUCAAGGAAAGUUCACAGAUUUGCAAUGUGUGUGUGUGUGUGUGUGCUUGCUCUCAAACACAAUGUGAGACAUUCUGAUGCACAAGAUUCAUGGAGUAAUGUAUUUAUUGUAAGCUUUUAAGAUUCCCAGUAGGCGUGUGUAAGCCUCCUGCUCGAGUCUUUUAAGUGCUUUCAAGUGAUUUGUUCCCUAGGCCUUCCACCAAAGCUUCCAUCAGGGCUGAUGGAUUUUCAACUGAGGAACUGGGUUUUGUUUGUCUUUACUGCCAGGAUGUGUGUGUGUGUGUCUAUAUAUAUAUAUAUAUAAAUAAUGUCACUUGAUUUGAUUGAAAUGUUGCCAGUUUUGUGCAUGUGAAUGAUCAGAUGAAUCCGUGGCCAGCCUAGUCCUGCUCGUUGAUAAUAUCUCUUCUGUUACGUCAACUCCCAGCUAUGCAUACAGGGCUCAGAUCUGAGUCUAUAUACAGGGUGGAUCAAAAACAUUAUUAUCGACAUUUAUGUAGAAAUACCAAAAUGAAAUUGCUGAACAAAUAUUUCGACUUUGCGACUGGUGUAACCCGACUUCUUUUGUCAAAGACACUCGCUAGCUUCUUUUAGUACUUCUACAUGUCUUCCUACUGAGUGUAUAUUUAUGGGUGAAUUAAUGAGGCAGCAUUACAAGACAGAGUGAUGUGCAAACAUCACACCGACUAUCUGUACAACGUCCUGAUAGGAAUCAAAGCAUUGCUAUGUGCUAGGCCAAUUGCAGAGCUUCAUUUGUGUUCUGUAGUGAUGUUUUUCAGAUGGUGCAUUGUUCACCCUGCAUCUCUGGUGAACCUUACUUGCACACAGCAGAACUGAUGGAACCAUUGGUGGCCGAUUGUAGACUCUGGGUUUUUUUCUUUUUUUUUGCGAUAAACCGAUUUCCUUUUGCUGCCUGUGCACUUGUUGCUGUAGGUUCAUUUCCUGUGUCAUGGUUAUGGAAAAUAAAUGGUCUUGGCACUCAAAAGGUCUACCAGAAUGAGAGUCCUAGGAUGUUUACCUGAUUUCAUCAUGUGUAUAUUUGGUUUCAAUUAAAUAUUUCUCUUUGCUCCAA